AUGGCUACUUCUGAUAACGACGCCCAAACCAGCACACAAGCCAGCAUGCCCAGUGACGAUGGCACACACUGUGCUUUCUUUUAUGGCACACUGAUGGCAGCCGACGUCUUUCACACCGUCUGCUACGGGACCAAAGACGUCCCCGAGGAGAUCAGCAAUCUCCACACUUCCCACCCGGCCGUCCUCCACGGCUUCUGCCGCCGCCGCGUUAAGUACGCCGACUACCCGGGUAUCAUCGAGGACAAGGACCACAACGUUGUCGGCACCUUUGUCACGGGGCUCACCAACGCGAACAUGGCCAGGCUCGACCACUUUGAGGGCAGCCAAUACGAGCGCCGGCCCGUCACCGUUAGCCUGCUUAAGAAGCUCACAAACGGGAAGCUGGGCGAGGGCACCAAGGUGGAGGCCGAGACCUACAUCUUCUUGAACAAGCGCGACCUUGAGUCGAGGGAGUGGGAUCUGGAGGAAUUCCGCCGUGAAAAGAUGCAGAGGUGGACACGCUAA